UGAGCCACCGGGACUGAAGCUCAUUUGUUCCCGGGUGGAGCAGCAUCCUCCGGGGCAGAGCAGCAGCGGCAGCACCGCAGACCUCCAUCCUCCAGAACCGGAGUCCUCAGCGGCUGGAGGCAGCGUCAGUCCCCGGCAGGGAGCGCGGACAGCCCGCAGACAUGAGCUCGGACGUGGCGGUGUCUCUGUCGGUGCUCGCCGGUAUCGUUGCUCUGAGCGAUGCGACCCGCAGGUUGCUGUCCCGGGCCCUCGCGCACACCGGGCUGACGGUGUACGCGCUGGAGCUCGUGUCCACUUUCCAGCUGUGCUGCUGCACGCACGAGCUCAAGCUGCUGUCUGAGGUCGGCGGGAUCGAGCCUCGUCUCGCGCUCACCUUGACGUACGUGGCGGCUGUCGUGCACGGGCUCACCUUCAGAGGCGCCUUCGGUAACCCCUCCGGUGCGCUCGAACACGCGUACCGCGCGCAGCUCACCGGCGGAUGCGCACUGCGGAGGAUCGCGUGUCAGUUUAUUGCUGCCGCCGCCGCGCGAGCCGCGGUUCCGGUGCUCUGGAGCAUCGGGCUGUCCGGGCUGCAUGCGCGGCACAAGCUGCUGGGUUUCCGGUGCAUCAGCCCCAUUCACGCGCCCUUACCGCAGGCCGCCGCCGUGGAGCUCGCGUGCGCCUUCGCGGUUCAAACCAUCAUCACGCACACGCGGUCGGUGGAGGAGAAAUACCGCGUGCACGCGGUAGCGGCGACCAUCACUACGGUGGUUUAUGCAGGUGGAAGUGUGACCGGAGCUGUGUUUAACCCGGCGUUGGCCUUCUCCACUCAGUUCCCCUGCAGCGGACACUCCUUCCUGGAGUACUGCUUAGUGUACUGGCUGGGACCUCUGCUGGGGAUGAUGAGUUCAGUGCUACUGUUUGAUAAACUCGUCCCUUCGCUGUCGAGGAAGUCGUCGUCUCUGGAUCUCCCGCUGGACGCCAAGAAGUCAACCUGAACACAACAAAGCUGAGCACAGUUCCUGAUAGAACCGUUCACCUUCUGCUGAGGAAACAGAAGAAGACAAACGCUGAUAUGCACUUUUAUAGAAGAGACUUUAACCUGAAAGAUUGUUUUUGACUUUGGAUCAUAACCUUCCAGGAUGAUCUCACAUCAGAAGCACAUCUAAGAAGUUAAAUGUAAACUUAUAGAGGCCAUGUUUUCUCUUCACACCUGCAAAACUACGACAGAAGUAGCGGUUUUAACACAAAAACAACAACACUUGAAUCAAAUACUGUUUUAGUUCAGAAUGUUCAGUCACCACUGACUUCUUUGUUUUUUAAGUCAACUAUUAGUAACAGAAAGUUUGCAUGUUUUUUUUAGAAAAUCAGAUUUAGCAAUUUUUAGUUGAAAUCAAACAUUGUAGCUGUAAUAAAAACACUGAACCAGAUGUUAUUUUUAUGUAAUAAUUGAUUUUUUUUUAGUUACUACACUAAUAAUCAGUUAACUGGAAAGUUGAGAAUGUGAUGUUUGGUUCUAUUAUACUGAUGAACUUUAUUUGUAUAUUACUAUUAUUCCUGUUUAUAGUUAAUGUGACAUUCCAGAGCCAAGCAGUUAAAAAAAACAACUGAAUACGUCUGUUAGUUUUUGCACGAAUUAAUUGGUGCCUUUGAAUUCUCUGUAAAAACACAUUAAACUGUGAAAUCAGA